AUGUCUCUCACCCGCAGCCUAACCUCACUCCUGCGCACCACACCCCGCAGCACCAUUUCCAUCCUGCAUCCUCGAUUCGGCGCCGCCAUCACACAUUCGCGCUCCAUGGCUAGUACUACCAGUCCAUCGAUUCCCAAAAUCAAAGUCAAGAAUCCCAUUGUGGAACUUGAUGGUGAUGAAAUGACAAGGAUUAUUUGGAAGGAUAUCAAGGAUAAAUUUAUUCAUCCGUAUCUCGAUGUCGAUUUGAAAUAUUAUGAUUUGGGAUUGGAGUAUCGGGAUGAGACGAAUGAUCAGGUUACGAUUGAUGCGGCGGAGGCCAUUAAGAAGUAUUCGGUAGGUGUUAAGUGUGCUACGAUUACGCCGGAUGAGGCCAGGGUUAAGGAGUUUCAUUUGAAGCAGAUGUGGCUUUCACCCAACGGCACCAUCCGUAACCAUCUAGGCGGUACCGUCUUCCGCGAACCCAUCGUCAUUCCUCGAAUCCCCCGUCUCGUUCCCGGCUGGAAGAAACCCAUUAUUAUCGGUCGUCAUGCAUUCGGAGAUCAAUACCGCGCCAAAGACAUGGUGGUUCCAGGUCCCGGUACCCUCAAGAUGAUCUACACGCCCGAAGGUGGAGAGCCCAUCGAAACAGUCGUCUAUGACUUUAAAUCCGGAGGAGGAGUGGCUCAGACACAAUAUAAUACCGAUGAGUCCAUUAGUGGAUUUGCACACUCGAGUUUCAAGAUGGCGCUUAAUAAGGGAUUACCUCUAUAUAUGAGUACCAAGAAUACGAUUUUGAAGAAAUACGAUGGUAGAUUCAAGGAUAUCUUUGAGGAGAUAUUCGAAAAGGAAUACAAGACACAAUUCGAGGAGAAGAAGAUAUGGUAUGAACAUCGAUUGAUCGAUGACAUGGUAGCGCAAAUGAUGAAGAGCUCUGGAGGAUACGUUAUGGCCUUAAAGAACUACGACGGCGACGUACAAUCGGACAUCGUAGCGCAAGGAUUUGGAUCCCUCGGCCUCAUGACCUCAGUCCUCAUCACACCCGACGGCAAAACCUUCGAAUCCGAAGCUGCGCACGGCACCGUCACGCGUCAUUACCGCGAACAUCAAAAGGGCAAUCCGACAUCCACGAAUCCUAUCGCGUCGAUAUUCGCCUGGACACGCGGAUUAGUUCAACGGGGGAUUUUGGAUGAUACGCCUGAAGUGGUGGCUUUUGCAGAGAGUCUUGAACAGGCGUGUGUGGAUGUGGUGGAUUUGGAGGGUAUUAUGACGAAGGAUUUGGCGUUGGCUUGUGGGAAGACGGGGAAGGGAGAUUUUGUUACGACGGGGGUUUAUAUGGAGGCGGUGGAGAGGAGGAUGAAGGGGCUUUUGAGGGAGAAGUUGUAG